ACUGAACCAGGAAGUGUUUUGGUGUGACGCGAGCACAUGCGCCGCUUAUCAUCACAGCACAUCACAAUCAUGCAACAGACACAAAACUACACUCAUAAUUUUGUGCAAUCUGUAUGUGUGUGUUAUCAGUCGAGAUGCUGAACCGCGCGUAUGACUGUGGAGAUAUGCGCUCUUCUUCCGUCUGCACCUGAAGUCUUCACGCGAGACUUGGAGAAGUGUUUUGGAGUUAUGAGUGAAUGAUGGGUCAAAAUGCAAGCUACACUGAAUACGGGUCAUGGAAAAUCUAGAAAACUCGACAGAUUGCAAGGAGACUGUGUCUCCACUAAACAAUUCAGGGUCUAUACUGAACAGCACAGUCUCCCAUCAUGACGGCAAAGCUAUGGGGUUUGUGCUGGUGCAUGCAGGGGCAGGGUAUCAUUCAGAAUCCAAAGCCAAGGAAUACAAACAUGUGUGCAAGAGAGCUUGCCAGAGAGCUGUGGACAGGCUCAGAGCUGGAGGAUUGGCGCUGGAGGCCGUGACAGCAGCUCUUAUAGAGCUAGAGGACUCCCCGUUCACCAAUGCGGGUACCGGUUCCAACCUGAAUCUCUCGGGUGAGAUUGAGUGUGAUGCCAGCAUCAUGGAUGGGAAGUCCUUAAACUAUGGAGCUGUUGGAGCCUUGAGUGGAAUCAAGAACCCGGUGCUGGUAGCCAGAAGACUAUUAAGUGAAACUCAGAAGGGGAAGCUAUCAGCUGGCAGGAUCCCUCCCUGUUUUUUAGUGGGCAAAGGAGCAGAACAGUGGGCCAUCAGCCAUGGUAUCCCAGCGUGCCCUACAGAGAAGAUGACCACCAAGUUCAGUUUGUCAGGCUACAAGAGGAACAAGAGGAAGAUGGAGCUGGCGGAGCAGGUUGAGACGAAGAGGAAAAGACAAUCGUGUGGACAUGAGAAUGAUUUUGGCUGCUUGGAGCCUGUGGGAGACAUCAUGGUGGAAGGUGAGGAGAAUAACUCGGCCUGUCUGGACACGGUUGGUGCGGUCGUGGUGGAUCGGGACGGGAAUGUGGCGGCUGCGGUUUCCAGCGGAGGUCUGGCAAUGAAGCACCCGGGUCGAGUGGGACAGGCUGCUCACUACGGUUGUGGCUGCUGGGCUGAAAACGCCCGUGACGUCAGCCUUUACUCUACAGCUGUGAGUACCUCAGGCUCUGGAGAGCAUCUGAUUCGCACCAUGUUGGCCAGAGAGUGCUCUACUGCCAUGCAGGCUGAAAAUGCACACCAGGCCCUACUGGAGGCUAUGCAAAACAAAUUCAUCAGUUCGCCGUUCCUGGCUGGCGAGGACUGUGUUCUGGGUGGGGUGAUCGUUCUGAGGUGCUGCACAUGUGGAGAAGCCCAGCGCUCUGAAGACAUCCAGGCUUUGCUGGUGGAGUUUCUAUGGAGCCAUACUACGGAGAGCAUGUGUGUGGGAUACAUGUCUGCCCAGGACAGUAAACCCAGGUAAUCUGCCUGAGCCUGUGCUGGGAAGUCACGCAGAGUGUGGGAGUGAGAUAUGGAUCACUAUGAUAUCUGACACACAGGGAUGUGCCGAGAGAGGUCACGGUUUUCCACUGACUUUUACCGUAUGCGUGUCCUCCCGCCAUGGACCAGUGUUAGUGACAGGUGGCCUGGGGCACUCUGGGAUGAUACCAGCUCUCUCAUUCUCCUCACACAUGGGCACGGAUCAGUCUGCUUCUGGAUUCCCCAGGGCCGCUUAUCGUAGCCUGUCCGAGAACACGACCAGGGCGUGUGCCGGCGACGGGCGGCAGCUGACUUUGAUAGCAAAGAGGACACCUCACUCCCACCAUCCAACAGCUGUGUGCUUUCCCGCCACGCUCGUUCUUGACCCUGUAAACACUGUGUUUCUCUCUCUGUUUGGCAGACUCACAUAUCCAGACUUCCUCCUGGGGCGGUGGCCGGACAGUCACUGGCAAUCGAAGGUGGAGUUUGUCGACUCGGGACCGUGAGUGACUGACGCGGUGUGAAAUCAUCGUCUAUUUCUGCAGCAAUAUGCCAGCGCUGGGAUCUUUAUAGCAAGAGCUUGACAUUGUGUCACUGUAGGACACAAUCAUAAAGGGACAAAAAGGUUGCAAUAUGUCUUUUCUUCCAUCUUUUUCUUUCUUGCACAGAUAUGAACACAUUUAUUCUUGAUGAUUCCCAAUAUUAUUUAUUUAAUUCUUUAUAAAACCUACCGUACUACUUUUGCGCUCCGUUAGACGGUAUCAUCUGUUUUACUGUCACUUGAGAGGGGGGGACAGGGUUAGCAGGGUAUUUUGCCUAAGGUGUCUGCUAAGAAAAGGACAUGCCAAGUGCACUUCAGGACUAGUGUACUGCUCUGGUUUUAGUGGGCUUCCAAGAAACUCAGCUUCUAGUAUGUCUGGACAUGACUUGACACUCCAUUUCUAUUCCUCUUUGAAACAAUAUGCACCGUCCUUAUCAUUGUAAAUAAGCUAGGGGUUGUUGAAACAGGGUGGCCAUUGAUGUAAACGGCUUAUUGUUUUUUUUGCUUACUUGACGUUUAGUAUUACUUUUACUAUUAUGUUUUUAUAUAUAUAUCCAAGAUGCUUGUUUUGUGCAAAAGUUCAGUUUAGUGACCUUUUAAAAAAAAAAAGUCUGAGUGGAGAUAUUUGACACGUGUGCUUGACGUGAGCCUGCAAAUGCGUACGCAAGGAUAAAAUCCUUUUUGAAAUUACGAGAAUUGCCUUUCAUUUGACUUCUGUUAAAGCUAUUUAUAGCAGUUGAA